UGUUAAAUGUAAAUUGGCGGUUUAAACGACUUGUGGCCUUCUUUGCUUUAUUAUUGUUAGUACUUUCAAUCAAAUCAAACUCAGCACGUUGCGAGUAGGUUAUGUUCUGUGGAAUAUUACAUAAAAAAUUUCCAGUCAGAAGUUAUAGUACAGCAGUAGCCAUGGACAAGAAAUUGUUGAACGGGAACUUAUGGGACACGGAUCCGGAGCUGUUUGACAUCAUUGUGAAGGAGAAGAAGCGGCAAGAGGCGGGGCUGGAGAUGAUUGCUUCAGAGAAUUUCACCUCUGUUCCGGUGCUCCAGUGCCUGAGCUCAUGCCUCCACAACAAGUAUUCUGAGGGCAUGCCAAACCAAAGAUAUUAUGGAGGCAAUGAAUAUAUUGAUGAAAUUGAAAUUUUAACUCAACAGCGCUCUCUACAGACUUACAGACUCAAAGCGGAAGAAUGGGGAGUGAAUGUGCAGCCCUACUCAGGCUCCCCAGCCAACUUUGCGGUGUACACGGGCGUGGUGGAGCCCCACGGCCGCAUCAUGGGGCUGGACCUGCCUGACGGUGGACAUCUCACACAUGGUUUCUUCACCCCUACUAAGAAGAUCUCCGCUACCUCAAUCUUCUUUGAAAGCAUGCCAUACAAAGUGGACCCCAAGACGGGUCUGAUCGACUACGACAAGCUGGCAGAGACCGCUCGGCUCUUCAAGCCCCGCCUCAUCAUCGCCGGCAUCUCGUGUUACUCGCGCUGCCUCGACUACAAGCGCUUCCGGCAGAUCGCUGACGAGAACGGCGCGUAUCUCAUGGCCGAUAUGGCUCAUAUUUCAGGAUUGGUGGCUGCAGGUGUGAUCCCCAGCCCGUUCGAAUACUGCGACAUAGUAACGACGACCACCCACAAGACCCUCCGCGGGCCGCGCGCUGGAGUCAUCUUCUUCCGCAAAGGAGUGCGCUCGGUGAAGGCCAACGGAGACAAAGUGCUGUAUGACCUCGAGUCCAAGAUCAACCAGGCUGUGUUCCCGGGUCUGCAAGGUGGGCCCCAUAAUCACGCCAUCGCGGCUAUCGCCACGGCCAUGAAACAGGCUCAAACUCCUGAGUUUGUGGAGUACCAAAAGCAGGUGAUCAAGAACGCGCAGCGGCUCUGCUCGGGCCUGGCGUCCCUUGGCUACGACAUCGCGACGGGCGGCACGGACGUGCACCUCGCGCUGGUGGACAUGCGCGGCGCCGGCCUCAGCGGCGCGCGCGCCGAGCGCAUCCUCGAGCUGUGCAGCAUCGCCUGCAACAAGAACACCGUGCCCGGCGACAAGAGCGCGCUCAACCCUAGCGGCAUCCGACUCGGUAAGACUACUGGCGUCCCUCGGCUACGACAUCGCGACGGGCGGCACGGACGUGCACCUCGCGCUGGUGGACAUGCGCGGCGCUGGCCUCAGCGGCGCGCGCGCCGAGCGCAUCCUCGAGCUGUGCAGCAUCGCCUGCAACAAGAACACCGUGCCCGGCGACAAGAGCGCGCUCAACCCUAGCGGCAUCCGACUCGGUAAGACUACUGGCGUCCCUCGGCUACGACAUCGCGACGGGCGGCACGGACGUGCACCUCGCGCUGGUGGACAUGCGCGGCGCUGGCCUCAGCGGCGCGCGCGCCGAGCGCAUCCUCGAGCUGUGCAGCAUCGCCUGCAACAAGAACACCGUGCCCGGCGACAAGAGCGCGCUCAACCCUAGCGG